AAGCUCUGGAAAAAGGUGAGGCACUGGAAGACUUUCAACUCACCUCUGCAGCAUCUCCCCACAUCAUCUCCUCAUCAUGCUGCCUCUGACUAUCACCAACGUACCUUUCAUCUUCGGACAGACGUUGAUAGUGAAGGGAGUAGCAGACGCCAGUUCCACCAACUUUCAGUUGAACAUCUGCCCCGAUGAGAAUGAUGUCGCCCUGCACAUCAACCCCCGCUUCAACCGCAACAAUGAGGUGAAGACAGUGGUGUGCAACUCAUACCAGGGCGGCAAGUGGGGGGACAACAGGGUCACCGGGAAAACGUUUCCUUUCCAGCAGGGGAAGGAGUUCACUAUCACUGUUGCCUUCAGCCCUCAAGAGUUUGUGGUGACCUUACCAGAUAAAUCCAACAUCCAUUACCCCAAUUACAUUGGUAAAUACAAGUACCCAGUCUUGAUCUUUGAAGGAGAAGCAAGCUUCACAAGUGUGGAGAUUAAAGAAUAAAACUCAAGUUUCUCCGCAGCUGAGCUUCAACACUACUUUACAACAACAUGUGGCUGAAUGUAGUAAAGCUCCUUAAAUAAACAGUUGUGGUUCUGUGUAUCUUUCAAUUGAGUAUCAAUGAGUGUACGAUCAAACCAACAUAAAAUAUGUGAGUGCACUUCAACAGACCUGUGUGUGUGCAGACUCUCUGUGUGGAACGAUUUCGUAUUCACAGCAAUCGGAAAAAAUAAAAACAUCAUUUCAAAAA